AUUACCGGUUUCGAUGACCGUCACUCGUUUUGAAAACAUCACAAACGAUGUCAUAUGAUCUCUUUCUUUUACAAAAAAGAAACACGAUAAGCGUAUUAUUUUGAUAUUAUCUUGUGAUCGAGGAGCAGUAUUUUGAUAUAAAAUUGUUAAAACUAGAAAGAUUUGAAGAUACAUUUGAUGAAUUUUGAAAGAUCAAUAUUUCUAUAUCAAGAGCAAUAUCUUUAAAAUUAUGAAAAGUGAUGAUGCGAAACUGUUACUCUGUAAAAAAGGAUAGAAAAUAUCCGGCAGAGAUUAUUCAGACUCGAUAUAAUGAGAGCGAAAGUCACUACGAAUAUUAUGUACAUUACGAAGGUCAUAACAGAAGAUUGGAUGAAUGGGUGCCCAGAGAUAGAAUCAUGUCAAGCAGAUUUGAUAUGAGCGAUAGAAGUUGGAAAACUGGAGAUAGAAACUCUGGUACUGACUUGUUGGCAGAUUCUUCAGAUCGUAAAAUUACAAGAAAUCAAAAAAGGAGGCAUGAUGAAAUUAAUCAUAUUCAAAAGACAUAUGCUGAAAUGGAUCCUACAACUGCUGCUUUAGAAAAGGAACAUGAAGCAAUAACAAAGGUCAAGUACAUUGACAAAAUUCAAAUCGGAAAGUAUGAAAUUGAUACCUGGUAUUUUAGUCCAUAUCCAGAAGAAUAUGGGAAACAACCAAAGCUGUGGAUUUGUGAAUAUUGUCUUAAAUACAUGCGCCUUGAAAAAACUUACAGAUAUCACAUGAGUGAAUGUACACAUAGACAACCAGUUGGAAAAGAAAUAUAUCGUAAAGGCACACUAAGCAUUUGGGAAGUCGAUGGUAGAGAGCAUAAAAUUUAUUGUCAAAAUUUAUGCUUACUCGCAAAAUUAUUUUUAGACCAUAAAACACUUUACUUUGAUGUAGAACCAUUCCUUUUUUAUAUUCUUUGUGAGGUUGACAAACAUGGAGCUCAUUUAGUUGGUUAUUUUUCAAAGGAAAAAGAAUCACCUGAUGGUAACAAUGUUGCUUGUAUUUUAACUUUACCACCGUUUCAAAGACAAGGAUAUGGAAAACUGCUAAUCGCGUUUAGUUAUGAAUUAAGUAGAAUAGAACAAACUGUUGGUAGUCCUGAGAAACCAUUGAGUGACCUAGGAAAAUUAUCAUAUAGAAGUUAUUGGAGUUGGAUACUUUUAGAAAUUCUGCGAGAUUUCCGGGGUACUCUUAGUAUUAAAGAUCUGAGUCAAAUGACAAGUAUAUCACAAACAGAUAUCAUAUCAACACUUCAAAGUAUGAAUAUGGUAAAAUACUGGAAGGGACAACACGUAAUCUGCGUAACACCUAAGUUAGUCGAAGAACAUAUUAAAAGUAGUCAGUAUAAGAGACCACGUUUAACAGUGGACAGUAGUGCACUUAGAUGGGGUGCUCCCCCACGAAAAAAUGUAAAGUCUGGCAAAAAGUAGCAGAAAGCAAAUGGGAAUCCAAUGAUUUUUAUCAUCACGAUUUAAUGUGUUUAGCAAACACUUGACGAAGCACUUGUAAAAGUGAUAGUUUUUAACGAUCCUUGCAAGUUGAAUAACUUUUUUAUGAUGCAUUACAGUCUCCAUUAAUAUGCAUUGUAAGUACGUAUGGUCUCUUGAUUAGAAGACAACACAGAUGAAUACGUUGAUUUGUAGAACUUCGCUAGUUUUUCGAAGCGUACAGAAGUUUAAGAUGUUUAAGAUAAAUAUCCUUUAUAUAAUUCUGCUUCCUUUGGCAGUACAUUACAAAAAGAGAAAUGAUAGCGAUCCGAAAUACAUGUUGAUAAUGAAAGAACCACUUUAUUUUCGUUUGAGAUUUAUCAGUUUCAUGAUGCGUAAAUACAAUCUGAAGAUACAAGUAUAUUAUGUUGCGCGUAAAACGAAAGAAAGGAAAAGAUUACCACGCAGUAUUAGCCCGUAUUAACGAUUUUCUUCUGUAAAUUCGUUAAUAAACUGUAUAUUCGUGAGCAA